AUGUCCGAACCCAAUAAGUGCUACCUUUGUGGAAAGCCUGGAAAGUUAGAAAAACUCUUUCGCAGCUGCAAGCAUGAACCUGCUUGCCACAGCUGCCUUCGCAAUUGUUAUGUCCUCCAAGCGACGCACGUUUGCAAGUAUCCACUAAAGUGCUUUCAUCCAGAAUGCAAGCUAGUGGUUCGUAACACUCAAAUUGAACGUUUUGUUAAAACUAAAGAGGAGCUACAAACCUACCACUAUCUGCAUACCAAAGCCAAAAUGCACAAGGUCCGACUCGGUGACAACUGGAAAGAGAUUAUCGAAAUCUUGGGGGAAGCACUCGGAAGCAUUGAGCUUUGCCGCUGCCCCAAGUGCAAAAUGCUGAUCACUAAGAGUGGUGGAUGCGAUCACAUGACAUGCGUCUGUGGGACCGAGUUCAAUUGGGAUGAUACCAGCAGAAGGAUUGAAGAAAAAUGCCAAGUCAUGGAAGCGCGAAAGGCUCAUCAUAAUCUCCGAUCAGUGGAAGCACCUUCUCUUUAUAAGGGAAAGAACGUCCCGUUUCUUGGAAUGGACGACGAGGACUUGUUUGCAGAUUGUGGUAGCUACUCAGGCGAUGAUGACGAAUCAUCGUCUACCGAUGUUUGCGCUGUGGACGAUACAGUCGUUGGUUCCUAUGAUGAAGCACUUGACCUUGACAGUGUCCCUUCGGAUCUACUAGACAGCUUCCCAUCACUUUGUUUAGAAGCAAAGGAGAAAUCUGCUGUUGUCUCAGCGGCAAGUGUCGAGGAGGUUUCAGUAGGAACCAAAACUGAAUGGGAACAAGAGUCCUUUGAAGUUCUAGAACUAGCCUCGAAUGCAUCAGAUGACAGUUGGACGCAUUUUGAGGAUGAGUCCGAAAGUAGAAGUACCGUGGCUAACGACUUUCAAACAUCCAGCCAAUCGACCUGGGAGGAGCUAUCCGAAGUCUCGUCGGUUGUCAGCUUCAAUUCGAAAACUGGGAUAUCCUUUCUGGCAGUCGCUCGAGCAGCACCACCCAACCAAGAAUCCAGCAACAGUUGGAAAGAAGUAUCCAAGGCGCCCAAACUGAAGUGUCCGUUGAAAACUAUCACCGAGCAUCGCGACAAUGGCUCUUCAUAUCAUGAUAGUGAUGCCGAUGGCCAAGAACACCAGGGCGAAAUGUUCGAUGCUGAUUUCAUGUUUGACGGCGCAAAAUGUGGUCGAGGUGGCAAAGGAAAGUUCAUGUUCAAACAUCAACCAAAGCGAAAGUAUCACAGAUAUGAUCAAAGGCAGAGAUCGAGUGCGAGAAUGAGACAAUAUUAA